AUGGAAGAGGUGAUCCAUUGUUUCAUUCAUGGAACAAACGAUCUCAAAGCGCUGCUGCUUCAAUAUUGCGACUUGAUUUUCGAAUGCCGCUCGUGUCGGGAGCUGUACCGGUCGCUUCCCGAUUUUGUGAAACAUAAAGAGACGAAAAAAUGCCAGUUGGAAAUCAACCCCGAUUUGGAACAGCAAGUCAAGCCUGAAGAAAACCCCCGUUUACUGAAGAUUCUCUCUUGGAAAGAAAACUCUUCAAAUGGAAACGGUUUUCGACAUGAGACGAUACAUGACGAGCCAGACAUUCUUGAGGAGCCGAUAGACGAGCCGUUGGAAGAUGUGGAACCGAUUCCGUCCAUGGCGAGUAUUGAGAGUUCGUUUAUGAAUACUCAGGCUCCGAUUCCGCCUCCAUUCAUGGACAUCCGGGCUAAAAACGAGAGCUCCCUGGAUCAACGAGGACUUGCCGGAAUCGAAGGGGAAGAAAUCAUCAUUACGGGGCCCAUCUGCCCCGUUUGCGGCAAAUCCUUCGCUACAAAAAACAAUUGCAGAAGACAUGUAAGGGAAAUGCACGGAAUGACGCCGAUAUCGAAGAAGAGGGCACAGAAUGGAGCUGUUGGAAUGGGUAGCUUUAUGGAUGAUACGGCGAAUCGAUUCAGUCAGAAUACCGGGCUUGGGGAAAAAGGAGAAAGAGAAUGUCCAUCUUGUGGGAUCUCGACGCUCGACUCCGAUUCCCUCCGACGUCACCUCGUCGACGAUCAUCGUUUUUCCUACGUCGAUGCUUGCUCGAUCGUCGCUAAAGAAGCUCCCUUGGGGUGCAACUCUCUGCCUACUCUUGUUACGCCUUCCACUCUUGACAAGAUUUCAGCUCCCAGCAGCUCGAACUCAAGCUCGAGCAAGCGAAAAGCACACUGUCCAUUGUGUAAACUCGUCUUGUUUGACCGCUGGAUGGCGCGAAAGCACUUGCUGAAACAGCAUGGGAAAGAAGACGCUGAAGCGGACGUGAUUUUGGCUGAGUGCUUUCCGGAAAUCAAUUCCACCGAAGAAAACUCGGGUGGCAAUAAUCCAAAAGACCCAGACGCCAUUGCCUGUCCAAUCUGCCACAAAGAUUGGCACAAGUCAAAUUUGCGCAACCAUCUCUUUUAUGGCCACCACAUGAAAACAUCAGAAGUAGAAGCUGCUCUUCUCAAAAUUCGAAAUCCAAAGUCGGGGCAGAAAACUGAAAGCGUGAAGAAUGAUAGAACUCCUUGUCCACUUUGCGAGCGGAGUUUCAAGCACUGGUACAAUGCCAGGAGACAUUUGCGAGAAGGCCAUGGGAUCGAGCACGAAGAAACCGUUCGUAUGAUUCGUCCACCUUCGGAGCUUCGAAGAAAGGCUAUCGACUCGCUAAUUACCGAGGCUUCGGAGAAGAAAGCAAAACCGUCACAAGAGAGCAACAGUAGCUCUCAAGAAAGUAUAGAAAUACCAAAGAUCAGCGAAAGUAAACAAGUCGAUUCUGUUGAAGAACAAAACACCACGAUCGAAAGUGAACCUGACGAGCCAGAAUUACAAAUCGACGACGAUGAAAUUCAGGAGCUUCCUCUCGAUGAAGAUGAUGAAGAGCCAGAAAUUCCCCAAGAAACGCCAAAAAAGAAAACGAACCAGGAAAGAACGGAACUUAUUCAAUUGCGGACAGGGUCAAUCGUUCGGGUGAAAGUUUUACCCGGUAGCUUUCAAGAAGUUUCAAAUAAAAAAUGCUCUCACUGCCAUUUGAUUUUGUCCUCAAGAGUUUCUAUGAAGCAACACGUGAUGGAAAAUCACAUGAUAGUUUAUGAAGACGAUCAGGACUGGCAAGAUCUUAGAGUUGAUGAUAACAAGCAAGUAAAAGUAUCCACUCCACCGCCAAAAACUGAAGUCUCUGGGGUGAAAAAUGACGUUAAACCUAAAGAUUGGCCUGAAGAUUGGCGAUGCCCAAUUUGCCGAGAUAUUCGACCGACAGAAAGUGCUCUUAGAUAUCAUUUGCGCCAAAAUCAUAAGAAGAAAAGACAAGAGGUUGAGAAUUUGGUGGAGAUCGUGAAGGAAGAGAAACAAAGAAAAAAGCGACGGCUGAAAUCUCCCGAGCGCGAGUUGAGCUACGAAGUAAAAGCGCCAAUUAUUUCAAAUAGUCGGCAAGAAGACUCGCAUUUCUUGCUCUCAAGUUCAGCGGAAGUAAAUGACGAUGGAAUUAUUGAGGAGGAUUUUGAAAUGAACGAAGAAUAG